CUAAAGCGGAUUGUUGGGUUUAUACAGGACUAAGUAACGAGCUAAUGUGAAUAGUUUGUGUCUGUUUCUAUUUUAUUGCUUGCGUUAAAGAAAUGGGGCUGCAACAGAGCUUAUCUGAGGAUAAUUUGUAGCCUAUAGCUAAUGACAGCCGCCAAACGUCAACAGGAAGUAAAGAGGCUAGCUAACGCUAGCGUCUUCUUGCACUUUGAGCUCUUCAGGUAUGAACUGUUCUUUAGAGAAGGUUCUGGCAGAUGCCAAAUCGUUAGUGGAAAGGCUCCGCAACCAUGACAACGCGGCAGAGAUGUUGAUCGAACAGACGACGUCCCUUAACAAGCGGGUGGAGGCCAUGAAGCAGUACCAGGAGGAGAUUGAUUCACUUAACCAGGUUGCACGACAUCGACCUCGUUCCAGUCUGGUCCUGGGAAUCCAGCAGGAAAACCGUCAGAUCAGGGAACUUCAGCAGGAAAAUAAAGAGCUGCGGACGUCGUUGGAGGAACACCAGUCGGCGCUGGAGCUCAUCAUGACCAAAUACAGGGAGCAGGUGUUCAGGCUUCUAAUGUCCAGCAAGCGGGAGGACCCGGCCAUCGUCACCCAGCUUAAAGAGCAGCAUACCACGGAAAUGCAAGCACACAUAGACAAGAUAAACGAGAUGGCGUCAGUGAUGAGGAAGGCCAUAGAGGUGGAUGAGGGCCGGAUAUGUGAAGACGAGGAGAGGAUUAAACAAUUGGAACUGGAGAACAGUGGACUCAGAGAACUGCUGGGAAUCAGUCGGGAAGCUUUCCUCGUUCUUAAAAGAGAAGAUCUAUCCGAGAACACAUCUCUGUCCCCGCUACAGACCAGCACUGACAUCAGCCUGCGGAAGAGUUAGAGCUCCGCCCCUCUGCUGUUUAUAGAGCACAGGCUGCUUCCCCCCCCUUUACCUGCCCCACCGACUCCCCGCUGGCGCUGUAAUGUUCAGAGUUGUUUUAAUGUGUGAACGAGUGAGAGAAUGAAAUAAAUCUUUAGAC